GAGGCGGCCGGGACAGCCAAUGGGAGGAGAGCAGCGGGUGUGCGGAGGGAGCUGGCGCCGGAUUCGAACAGAAGGAGUGUGAGAGAUUGUGGGAGCGAGAGGCGGGGUUUCCAAAUAUUCAUAGAAAAAUGUCAUCAAUCUUGCAAAAUGUUGGCUGGAGGAGUCGCAAUGUUCUGGAAAAUAUUGACGAGCAAGACAGUCCUCGGCCUGAUAAAUUCAGAAAGAUGCCGUCAUCGAGCUCCCUCAACUCCCUGCGAAUGUCCUUGAGGAAGAGGAUGCCUCUGAAGCCAGUGGAAAUGAACAUAAAUGCCGUGCCUGAUUGGGACAGAGUGGGCAUCAAAGAGAAACAGCGUCCUCUGAAAUCCAUGACCGUUACAGCAAAGAACGUGUUUGGAUCUGUGUCACAGAAGAUAAAGAAAUCGGGACAGAAAUCAAGUAAUUAUUUAAUUGCUUCUCCCAAGCAACUAAAAGUUUCAAAGCGAGAAAUUCGUACUCCUGGAAGUAAUAAAAAAUCUCUAACGCCCAGAACUCCCAGAUGUCGCAGGCUGGUAGAGGAAGCCAGCCCAAAUAUGAGGGUGACGCCCAAGUCCACCAGGAGGAUUUCCCCUCGUAGCAGAAGAUCAAGCAGCUCCCAGUGGAGAAACUUCACUAAUUUGAUUGGAAAUGAAGGUCUUCACCUGAGGAGGUCUGUACGAGCUGCUUCCCUGAAGAGCCCAUAUGCUUCCCCUGCAACUCUUAACAGAAGAAAAUUUGACAAAGACCUGGAAACUGUCUCGGCAGGAAUCCGGCAACUAAAACGUCUCUCCAGGGUGUUUGAUGAUGCCAUCUUCAAGGAAGAAAGAAAAGAAGCAAUUUUGAAUUAUCACAGCUUAAUGGCUAAAAAUCUGCAUUGUGCCCACCGUUCUCGGCUGUCUUGGAGAAGUACCCGGCGACUUCAGCAUACAAUUGAAGGCUGGACUGAGGUGGCUUUGACCAGUAUUGGCAACAUUGGUGCACGCUGACAUUAUGCUACAGGGAGUGUGUAACCAGCUUUGUGGGUCUUUAUAUAAAUGUGUGUAUGUGUAUAUGUUGUAUGACUGUUACUAACACUCUGUGAAAGCUUUUGUAUUAUACGGUCACAAGAGUUAUGCUUUGACUCAGGUUAUGACAUGGCAGCAGAGCACCUUUUUAGUGCUGACUACCUACUUGUACACAGGUAUUUUUAAGCUUAGUUACUGAUUUAUUUUUAUAAGGAAGCUGUGUAAGCAACUCUUUAGCAAAUUUUAAGCAAGUCUGUUUUUAGCAUGGCAUUUGCAGCAAUUGACAAAGCCGGUAAUGGGUUCAAUAUGUGUAUAAAAACGAUAUUUAUCAUUGUCCUUAUGUACAGAUUUAAACCCAGUUCCAGACAAAACUUUGCUUAGGUUUUAGAGUGGAGAAGGUAUAGAUCCUCUGUCAGGUUUUAAUUGUGGUUUGUGUCCCUGGUACGAGAUUUUUCUUCAAUACCUGUCUGGAUUGGGGUCACAGACCACCAUAGAACUUGACAGAAAAAAAGUAGUUUUGGCUGCGCUUCAGCUUUUAAUAAAGCAUUUUUGGGGAGCUUAUAGGCAUGUGUGACUGAUGGCACAAUUUUAUACUUUCUUUACUACCUUUUCAACCAAAAAAGUGAGACACUCUAAUGCCGCGUACACCUGUUCGGGCCUCUGCCCGACCAAAUGCACAUCGGAAUUCCGACGGAAUUCCAUCGGAGUAAAAUAGAACAUGUUCUAUUUCUAAACUCCGAUGGAAUUUCUC